AGGAGGGCGGGGCCGGAUUGAGCUGCUGUCAAAACACAGCAAUCUGUUCGGUUGAUGCAAAAAAGUAGCGACUCUGCUGUUAAAUUGUUAUUUGUUGUUGCUUUUAUGAGCGUCGGCGGUGUUUGAGGUUUCUGUCGCUUUCUCUUGACGCGCUGCUCUGCGACUCUGUCUGUCUGUCUGUCUGUCUGUCUGGAGGAGGAGAAUGCGGAGAUUUUACAGACACGCAUAACUGCGGGAUAGUGCAUUAGUGGUUUCAGGACAUCUGCUAGUUUUUGGGCCAUGCCUCUGAUCAGCCUGGACGAUGAGGAUCAGAGAUGGGUCCCGACCCACGUCAACGUGACCGUCCUUCGUGCCAGGGCGCUGCGAACCAAGGGCAAGCAGGGCAGCCGCUAUGUGUACACCGUUAUCCAGCUGGGGAAGCUGAAGUACACGACGGGUCUGGCAGAGAAAGCGGCCGAGCCGGAGUGGAAUGAGGAGUGUUCCCUGGAGCUGCAGCCCGGCCUGCUGGAGUGUAUGGGGGCGCAUCCGCCCGGCAGCGGGGAUUUGAUCCUCACCGUCAUGCUCCGGGUGCUCAUCGGACUCGACGUGUUCCUCGGUGAAGUCGUUGUGUCUUUGGAUAAAAUAUUUCAGGCAGGGACAUGUCCAAGGAACGAGUGGCUAAAGUUGCGUUCUAAAGCUAGGAGGAAGGAGAAGGAGCGAGGAGAGCUGCAGCUUACCAUCCAGUUCACUCGCAAUAACAUGACAGCCAGCAUGUAUGAUCUGACCAUCCAGGACAAGCCUCGCUCAGCCUUCGGCAAGCUGAAGGACCGUGUCACAGGCAAGAAAAAAGGAGACGUCGAGUCUUCCUCAGCCAUCCUCCCUGGUCGCUAUGCUGCUCUGUCAAGCUCAACGAGUCAGACUUUCCAGGAUGAUGGUGGAGGGGAGGACUCAGUACAGGAGGAGUGUGCUGAUGAAGGCAAGAGCAAGGUGAAGGGCUUCUUUCUGAAGGGGAAGUUGCGAAAGAACUCUGACACACGAUCCUGUUCAUCAUUGGCCUCGGAGAGCAGCAUGGCCUCAUCAGCAGGGGAUCCUUUUGUUCCCAUAGAGUUAAGCAGCACACCUGUCUACAGCAGCAGAGUCAUGGAGCCUUUCCACUCUGAUACAGAUGGGGCAGUAAAGGUGAUGACCCACAAGCGUGCACAUAGUGAUGAGGCCAGUAAGAUCACAGUUUCCUCACGUCCCAGUACGGCUGUAGAGAGUGUAAAAGGCCAGAACAUGCUGCUCUCUAAGUCCACCCUCUGCAUCAAUGGCAGCCAUGUUUACUCUGAGCCCAUCUACUCCAAAGGACCUGGAAGUCUUCCAAUCAAGCGCACGCUACUCGAGAAAUGCUCUCCUUUAUCACGCUCGCUGCAGAAUCUUACCCGUCGCAAUGAAGACACACAGAGGCGUAGCUCCAUUGACAAGAGCAAAAAGGAGCUUGAGGGAGAGGCUGAGGGCUUUUCAAAGGUGGGAAUCAGUAUCUCAGAAGGGAAGCCGGUGCAGGCUACUGCCCCCCUGGUGAUGGCUUCUUCCACUGCAGAUGUCUCAGAUAAAGGGAAGAAGCUGAGGAAGACUCUGUUUUCCAGCGGAAGGAGUGACUCUCUCCCAGCCAAACCCGAGCAGGGUCAGGAGGGACGUCUACGUGGCUGGUUUGGUUCCAGUGACACCCAAAACAAGCCAAGGCUGGGAGUUCCUCCUAAAGUAGAAAGCAGCCCAGAAACAUCCGUUUCCCUCCCUCCCUGCUACCCCACUCUACCACCACGCUCUCUUCCCCUAGUUUCUGUUACUAGCCAAACGCCAUCCUCUCCUGCUGGCCCUCCCACUAAUCCAUUCUCCCAUUCCUCAUCUUCACCACCCUCCCUCUCCCCUACCAACCCUUUCCUCACACGACUGCAAAGGAACCCGUUUUUUGAGGAGCUCAUAGCCGAGGAAGCUUUGAAAUCUCCUCCUGCGAUUUCUGGUUACCACAACUCUCCAUUCAACCAUUACCCAGCAUUCCCUCCAAGGAGUGGCCUUCCAAGCACUAUCCACGAUGGUACACCAAACAAAUUGUCCUCUAUAAAGAGAGAGAGGCCUCGGAGUGUAGCUAGGCAGAGGUCCCUCCCUGUCUUCAUGCCUGGGACACCAGAGACAGCCACUGUGAACUCUAGUAAUGCAACACGAGCAAGCCGUCCUUUAUCUGAGAGCAGGGGGGAAUGGGAUGAAUUUGAAGCUUUGGCCACUAGCCGUCUUAAAUCGCCAGUUGGGAAUCCCACUCAACCACCCUCAGCCACAAUCCCUGGUUCACCUCCUAACUCUCAUCCAGUUGAAUACUGCAGUAUUAAACCGAAAACAGGGAUCAUAAUUAAUGAAAGAAUCUCCAAGGAUUGUAACCUACCUGCUUUAGCCUCACGAAGGCCAGUGAGGACCCCGGUGCCCAUUCAAGAGAGGUGCUCAGACAGCUGGCUAGACAGAGCACAGGAGCUUGCGGUCCAAAAAGAAGCUUGUGUGCUCUUCCAGACAGAUUUGGCUUCCCUACGACAUCGAGAAAGACUUAAAGAGACGAACACCAAAGCUUCCCAUUUAGGUAAAGACUUGCACUGUGCUACUCUGGAGCAGAAUGCAAACAUUUGUCCACCUUCACAUACUGUACAAAUGCCCAGAGAUGAAAAUCUAGAAAAUGGACAAGAGAAAAAUUUGACUGAAGGAGGUCUAAAUAUUGCACUAAAGAAUUCACAGUAUGGGUAUGAACACAUACGGGGAAACUCCCAGUAUUCUGGAAGUGAUAACACUGUGCCCAGUACGCCAUUUAGCCUCUCAGACUGUGAUACAACUGUAAGUGAGUCACUGUGCAGCGACUUUCAGGUUCCGAUAAAUCCAGAGUCCUCCUCCGAACAGAAGCCCUUUUCUGAUCGGCAGAUUGAGAACAUAAUCCCUACUGGAGACAUUACUACUCCAGAUUCCAAUAACAAUAAUACAAAUGAUUCUUCUCAGUUUGCUUUUAUUGAUUGUGACAGCUCACCUUCAGAUGUGGACCAGACUAUUUUUGGAAUGAUGGAUAAAGACAGAAACAAAGGAUCAACCCAGUGCCCAAAUUCUAGAGAUGUCGAGUCGUCUGGGAUUUUGUCAGGAUGUGGGUUCUCCUCAGUGCCUCCUCAAGAUUUACUAAACAAAAUGGCAGAGCUAGGAUCAGUUUCCCUAAAGGAAACUCCAGAUACUGUUGUUAGUUCAACUGGAAUGUCCAACAAUAAUCAUUCUGAGAAAUCCUGUGACAACUUGGAACAACAAAGCGUCCAUCCACAUUCAGAUUUUACUAUAAGGGUUGAAUCAGAGGAUCCCAAUCACAAAGAGAGCUCUGUAAGUCCACAAACAAUCCUCCAACGAGACAGGGAUGACGGAAGUGUGAUGGCACAGCUUAAACCUGAGGCAACAGAGGACAACGCAGGCUUAGAUGCCCCACAUGAUGUUGAAUACUCUCUGAUUUAUGACGAGAUUAAGGCUAAAACAGCUGAAAUUAAGCCAGAAGCAAAUGGAUCCAAUGUUCCUGUUUCAGAGAGCAACAAGAUCAGUUUUGAGGACUUGCAUGCCCGAGUAGCACCAAGAGGUUCAAGAAGCCCUUCCAAAACAGAAGUUAGAUCAGCACGCAUUAGAACACGUUCCACUACAAACUCCCCCAAGACUGACCCCAGUGCAGUUUUAUCAACCGCGAGCUCUGACAUCAGUUCAACCAAACCUCCUUUGUCAGAUCUCAUUUUGCAUACAAGUCCAUCCAUUUCUUUCUCUCAUCCUAAUGCCACUUCUUCUGACCCCAACCCGUCCUCUGUUAUGCAUGACCCAACCACAAGGCCCGGCUUGGGAAGCACUCUGGCCGAGGCCUCGUACACCACCUCCACACUCCAGCUGCAGGCUACUGCAAAGCACACACUCACCCCAGAGGAGGCAGAGCCAGCUAGCAGUCGCCCUCCCGCUGAGGAGAGCAGCCCUCAUCCAGUGAAGCCUCUGACCACCACAGCAGUGCCGGGAGAGAAGAAAUCAGUACUGGAGAAACUGCGCUCCUCCAUCCACCCUGGGCGUUCCACACAGCAGAGCGUAGCUGAACCGGAGAAACCCCAGGUGUGUAUGUCGGAGGCCUACACUCACUACCAGACUCUGAGUAACAUGGAGCUGAUUGCUCUACUGCUGCAACAGGAGAUGGCUGCGGAGAGACAGCGGGCUGAGUCAGAACUACAGGCCACGCUGUUGGAGAAGCGUGAGGCUGAGCUGAAGAAGCUAAAGGUCCAGGUGCGAGAUCUGGAGGACUACAUUGACAAGCUGCUGGUGCGCAUCAUGGAGCAAACGCCCACCUUGCUGCAGGUACGCGCCCGGCCCAAAUGAUGUGUACCUCACCCGUGUGAACUACAGCUGACAUUGUGCACCCGUUUGCAAUCCUCAAAACAGCUACAAUACUGUCCCAUCCACCGUGAUACAGUCAAGCUUUGCCAACUUCGUUUUGGACAAUACAGGGCCAAAAUCAUUGGAACAUUAUUCAACCAGUGAUCUUUCAUGUUUUUCGCUAGAAUGUCGCUGCUGUAGGUUUUGCUGCGUAGAGGAUUGAUUUAAACACAUUAAGGACUGGAGUAGAAAUAUACCUCCAAAAUUCAAAUAAUAUCACUUUGCAUAUAUUACACGUAUUCAUGACUUCCAAGAUUCUUUCCAGAAAACAAAAAAAUCUUCCAAGAAAACAGACCACAAAUUGCAAAUCAAACACUGCCUAUAGAGAAGUCUGAUUUAUUGCUCUUGUACACAAGCACUCAAGGAUCAUUUAUUUGUUUGAAACUGAACAAAACAAUAAAGAAAGACAAACAUUAUGUGGCCAAAUGUUUAUGGACACCUAACCAUCACGUCCAUUUAUGUGGUUUUUUUUUUUUUUUUUUGAAAAUCUCAUUCCAGAUUUGUCCCCCUUUGCUGUUUAUAAUAAUCUCCACUCCUCUCUGAAGACUUUUCACUAGAUUUUAGAGCAUGGCUGUGAGGAUUUGCUCAUUCAGUUGCAAGUGUGUUAAUGAGGUCAGGCACUGAUGUUGUGCGAGAAGGCCUGGGGCAAACCAGGUCUUCAUGGACCUUGCUUUGUGCAUAGGGGCAUUGAAAUCCUGGAACAAGUUUGGUUCCAGUGUUAGUGAAGGGAAAUUGUAAAUCUACUGUAUACAAUUGUGUGUGUCCAAUUUUGUCUAACAGUUUGGGGAUGGCCAACAUAUGGGUAUGAUGAUCAGGUGUCCACAAACAUUUGGCCAUUAGUAUAUUUCUGUCAUCCCCCCCCCCUUUGCGAUCCUUGAGCUUUUCUGCAUUUCAAAUCUAUACCAAUGGUUCCUAAGAACAAUAUGUGUAGCUUGUAUGCUAUGACUGACCUUUAUUCAGAAAUGCUUUUUAGAAACUCUGCUUUCUUCCUGCUUGAAUGGAUUUUGGACAAUCCAAGAAAAAAAACCCUUUUGUUUUCCUCCGUGAACACUUCAGUGAAUCGUUCAGUUAUGUGCUUCCAGGUGUUCAAAUUAAACAGAAAUUCUCAGGUUGGUCAUCCAAGAGCGAAAUGUUUUUCAUGAAUAAAUGUGAAAUUCUGUUCUGACCCUCCAAAACAUUUUGGAUGUAAAAUAGUCAAUUUCUAUUAUAAGUCUGUAAAUAUUGCUAACACUUGAUUUACAGACAUACCUUACACUGUAUUAUGCAAUGACUUGAUGCUUAAAACAGUCAGCUUCUUAUAUAAUAUCUCGGCAAAAAGAAAGCAUGAUUAUCAUCGCAAUUGAAAACCUACAUGUAAGCUAUGCAAUAGUAUAUGCUAGGCAUCACACAGUAGUUGUUCAUCAUAUUGUUAUAUAUAAUCCCAUAGCUGUUUGCUGUAAAAGUCGCUGGAUUUGCAAUUGUGCAAAGGAAAAUGACCAUGACACAACCACAGGAACCUACAUCAUUCAGAUUGUUAAAGAAUGCAAUGAUGGCUGUGCUUUUUUUUUUCCCUCAAAAGACUUCUUAAUGCUCUGACAUUUGUUAAAAUUGACAUAUUCCUUGUUUUCAUUUUAAAUGCAGUAUUAACAGUGCAUCUGUCUGUCUUAGAUUGUCUGUCUUAAUGUUAAUUUACAUUUUCCCAAAGCUUUUCAUUAAGACAUUGUUUGCAUAAGCAGUGAGUUUAUCUGUAUUAUUGAAUGCUGAAGAAAGAAACCUUUACUGUUGCAGAAAGAUUUGUUGAGUAAAUAAUUUCAUACUAAGUUUAUCAGUAACAGUUUUCAGUUACUCUUCUACCGUAUGUUGACUGAAUGUUGAAGAGGUUGAACUUCACCAUUGCAGCGAUGUUAUGGCUAAAGCCGUAAAGCACUGUGAGAGUACGUUUUGUUUGUUUGUUUUUCCCCUCACUUCUACAAGUUAUACUUUUGUUACAUAGCUUUUCCAGAACAUUCCCAUUUGUGUUUUACCAAGUUUUAUUUAUUCUAA